AUGGCUGACAAUCUUCUGGAUGUCGGACCCCCCACUGCAAAGCGACCCAAGCUUAAUUCACCUCUCUCGGUAUCAGACGGCCCAGAUCUUGUGUCACUGUUUGACCUGGAAAAUGACCUUCCAGAUGAGCUCAUCCCCAAUGGAGACUUGGGAAUGGGAAUGUCCUCUAAUGGUGGUCCAGGUGGAGGGGGUCCUGGUCUGAAUUCCAUCGUCCCUGAUGCAGCGGCCAAACACAAGCAGCUGUCUGAACUCCUGCGACCAGGAAGCUCCUCUAUCUUGGGAGGUGGUCUCAACUCUGCCAGCCCCCAACAGGGAGGCAUGGUCGGAAACCAGCUAGGUGCUGUGCUUGGUAAAAGUCCACUUGGGCAGAGCUCUCCCAAUCACCAGUCUCCCCAGGCCCAGAAAGGAGUUCCAGCUGCUGGACAAGGCAAUGGAAGCACAGGCAUGGUCUUUAACCAGGCCAUGUUAAACAGUGGGCAGGUUCAUGGGGUCAUGGGCCAGACAGGACAAGUGAUGAAUGGGGUUAUGGGACAAGCAGGUCGAGGUAGACCUGGCAUGCAGUACCAGGGUCAAGGCAUGCAGGGGGCACAAGUGGGUGCUGGACCUGGUGUUGGAGGCAGUGUGCUUGCAGAGACACUCACCCAAGGAGGGCCACAGUUGGGUUCACACAACACGUUGAAUGCUCAGCAAGCUGGAAACAUGAACAAGAUGGGGAUGUCAGGAGCUCCAUUUGGCCAGCAGUAUGGUCAGGCUGGGGUGCAGCAGAUGGGGGCAGUGGGGGUCAACGCCCAACAACUCCAGAACAAGACAGCCCUUUCCAACAACCUGCCCCAAUUCCCUGGUGAGCUGAAGGGAGCUGGAAAUGUGCCAAACAUGAUGCAGCAGCAGGUAGCCUCGGUGGGCAUGGUCCCUGGGGCUGGUGGAGUGUCAGCGGGCCCGACGGCCGACCCGGAGAAGCGCAAACUCAUUCAGCAGCAGCUGGUCCUGUUGCUCCACGCACAUAAGUGCCAGCGGCGGGAGCAGGCCAAUGGGGAGGUGAGGGCCUGCACUCUGCCCCAUUGCCGCACUAUGAAGAACGUUCUCAACCACAUGACCCACUGCCAGGCGGGCAAGUCCUGCCAGGUGGCUCACUGUGCAUCAUCCAGACAGAUCAUCUCCCACUGGAAGAACUGUACGCGGCAUGAUUGUCCGGUCUGCCUGCCUUUGAAGAAUGCUAGUGACAAGAGGAACCAGCAACCCAUGCUAACUUCUCCUGGGGCUAGCCUGCAGAAUGCCAUCAGUACGUCAGUACCUGGCCAGCCCAGCGCCACAGCCAUCAACAGUGCUGCAACACACAUCGACCCCAGCUCCAUGCAGAGAGCCUAUGCUGCCCUUGGCCUGCCCUAUGGCAACCAGCCCCCUGCCCAGGUCCAGGGUCCCACCCAGCAAAACCCCAAAGGCACCCAGCACCAGCAGCUGCGAAAUCUGAAUCCACUAGGCACUAAUCAGAUGAACCAGUUGGCAGGAGGCAUGGGUGUCCCCUCUUCAGACCAGGCUGGCAUGCACUCCGACUCCUCUCUACCAUCCACACUCAACAAUCAACUGAUGCCAGACGGGUCAGUAGUGGGAGGCAUGGGAAACCUGCCCGCUGCCACCCCUCUCUCUUCUUCGGGGGUAAGGAAGGCCUGGCAUGAACACGUCACUCAGGACCUGCGCACCCACCUGGUGCAUAAACUUGUACAAGCCAUAUUCCCCACCCCAGACCCUGCAGCACUGAAGGACCGGCGAAUGGAGAACUUGGUGGCAUAUGCACGCAAGGUUGAGGGAGACAUGUACGAGUCAGCUAACAGCAGGGAUGAGUAUUACCACUUUCUGGCAGAGAAAAUCUACAAAAUCCAGAAGGAGUUGGAGGAGAAGAGGCGCUCACGGCUCCAGAAACAGCCUGGCAUGGUGGGCACAGCUGGGCCUCAGCAAAGUGGAAUGGCUCAGCCCAACUCCAUGGGCCCAGGACAGGCUGUCCGAUCUCCCAAUGGACCUGUGCCUAUGCCCAACAUGCCAAAUCAGAUAAUGAACCGUAUGCAGGUGCCCCAAGGAAUCAAUCAGUUUAACCCAAUGGCGAUGCAGAAUGCGCAGAUGUCUCAGGCACCCAUGGGAGCACGUGCUCCCUCCCCCAUGAACCAUCCACAGCAGAUGAACAUGAGCUCAGUCCCAGCGAUGGGUAUGUCCCCGUCAAGGAUGCCUCAGACUCAAGGAAUGAUGGGUAGUCAUGCUAAUAACAUGGUAGCUCAGCCAGCCAAUCAGGGCCAGUUCCUGCCACAGGGUCAGUUCACUGCAGGUGGAGCAAUGAAUUUGAAUGUAGGCUUGAGCCAGCCCACAUCACAGGCUGCUGUCACACAGGUGACACAGAACUCUAACCUGCCUCUGAAUGCACUGGGAUCCCUUGGCGCCCAGCUGCCCUGUGGCCCUGCAGUCCAGCCCACCCUGGGUACCACCCCUCCACCUAAUGCCUCUGCCACCCUGCAGCAGCAGCAGCAGCUGCAGCAGCACCAUGCUUCUGUACAGUCCCAGGUGCCACCGCGGCCCUCUACUCCCGCCUCCACGGGUGGGCCCUCUUCCACCCCAACUCACAUACCCAGUAGCCUACCUGACCCCUCCCAGCCGCUCACCCCCUUGCAGGCACACACAGAACCCCCCAGCCAGAUGCAGCAGCCCACUUCAGUGAAGGCACAGCACCCAAGCACACCGUUGUCCCAGGCAGCAGCAAGUAUAGAUAACCGGGUGCCCACUCCAGCCUCUGUGGCUGAGCUGAGCUCCCAGCAGGCCUUGCCGAGCAGCACUGAAGCCAAACCUGAAGUAAAGGAGGAAGAAGAUGACUGCAACUCUGGAAAGAAGCAGCCGGAUAUAAAAAUAGAGCAGGAUGAUGAAACCAAACCCCCGCUGAUGAAAAAGGAGGAGCCAGAUGCAGCAGAGCCAAAGCAGGAACCAAUGGAAACUGAGGAAAAGAAGUUGGAGAUUAAGGCAGAACCCAAAGAAGAGGAGGAAAGUGGGGCCAAUGGCACAUCAACCACAUCCACCACUCAGAACCGGAAAAAAAUUUUCAAGCCAGAGGAGCUGAGGCAAGCCCUAAUGCCAACACUUGAGGCCCUCUACAGGCAAGACCCAGAGUCACUGCCCUUCAGACAACCUGUAGACCCCAUGUUACUAGGCAUCCCUGACUAUUUUGACAUUGUGAAGAAUCCUAUUGACUUAUCCACCAUCAAGCGCAAGCUGGAUACAGGUCAAUACCAGGAGCCUUGGCAGUAUGUUGAAGAUGUGUGGCUCAUGUUCAACAACGCCUGGUUGUACAACCGUAAAACAUCCCGUGUGUAUAAGUACUGCACCAAACUAGCAGAAGUGUUUGAAGCAGAGAUUGAUCCUGUCAUGCAGGGCCUGGGCUACUGCUGCGGCAGGAAGUAUGAGUUCUCACCCCAGACGCUGUGUUGCUAUGGCAAACAGUUGUGUACCAUUUCCAGGGACGGCACCUACUACAGCUACCAGAACAGUUCACCCAAAUAUGGCCUUAUUGCCGACAGGUAUCACUUCUGUGAGAAGUGCUUCAACGAGAUCCAGGGCAACAGUGUGACCCUGGGGGAUGACCCGGCACAGCCACAGACCAUGAUAUCAAAAGAGCAGUUUGAAAAGAAGAAAAAUGACAUGUUGGACCCUGAACCGUUUGUUGAAUGUAAAGACUGUGGACGAAAGAUGCAUCAGAUCUGCGUGCUGCACUACGAUGUCAUUUGGCCAUCAGGCUUUAUCUGUGACAACUGUCUGAAGAAGUCUGGCAAAACAAGAAAGGAGAACAAGUUUUCAGCCAGAAGUCUUUGUAAAGGGUUGCAGUCGACCAGGUUGGGGACGUACAUCGAAGACCGAGUGAAUAAGUACUUGAAAAGGCAGAACCACCCAGAGGCUGGUGAGGUGUUUGUGCGAGUGGUGGCCAGCUCUGACAAAAAUGUGGAGAUUAAGCCUGGCAUGAAGUCUAGGUUUGUGGACUCAGGCGAGAUGGUGGAGACCUUUCCUUACAGAACCAAAGCACUUUUUGCAUUUGAGGAAAUAGAUGGGGUUGAUGUUUGUUUCUUUGGCAUGCAUGUCCAGGAGUACGGCUCAGAGUGUCCCUUUCCAAAUACUAGACGGGUUUACAUAUCAUACCUCGACAGUAUUCACUUCUUCAGACCUCGUGCGCUAAGGACUGCAGUGUACCAUGAGAUCUUAAUAGGCUACCUGGAGUAUGUGAAGAAACUGGGGUAUGUGAUGGGUCACAUCUGGGCUUGCCCACCCAGCGAAGGAGAUGACUACAUUUUUCACUGCCACCCUCCUGACCAGAAGAUCCCGAAGCCCAAGAGGCUCCAAGAGUGGUACAGAAAGAUGCUGGACAAGGCUUUUGCUGAGAGGAUCCUACACGAUUACAAGGACAUUUUCAAACAGGCAACAGAAGACCGGAUAACCAGUGCCAAUGAGCUGCCGUACUUUGAGGGUGACUUUUGGCCUAAUGUACUGGAGGAGAGCAUCAAGGAGCUAGAGCAGGAGGAGGAAGAGAGGAAGAAGGAGGAGAACACAGCCUCCACUGAGACAACAGAGGGAGCCCAAGCUGACAGCAAGAAUGCCAAAAAAAAGAAUAACAAGAAAACCAACAAAAACAAGAGCAGCGUCAGCCGAGCCAAUAAGAAAAAGCCUGGGAUGCCGAAUGUAGCCAAUGACCUGUCCCAGAAGCUCUAUGCCACGAUGGAGAAACAUAAAGAGGUGUUUUUUGUCAUCCAUCUCCAUGCUGGGCCAGUCAUUAACACCCUGCCACCCAUUAUGGACCCCGACCCUCUGUUGACCUGUGACCUGAUGGAUGGCCGUGAUGCCUUUCUGACUUUGGCCAGGGACAAGCACUGGGAGUUCAGCUCACUGAGAAGAUGCAAAUGGAGCACAAUGUGUAUGUUGGUAGAGCUGCACAACCAAGGCCAGGACCGCUUUGUGUACACUUGCAAUGAGUGCAAGCACCACGUAGAGACUCGCUGGCACUGCACCGUCUGCGAGGACUACGACCUAUGCAUAAACUGCUACAACGCUAAGGGCCACGAGCACCAGAUGGUGAAGUGGGGCCUAGGUCUGGACGAUGACAGCAACGGUCAGGGUGGAGAGGCCUCCAAGAGCCCUCAAGAGAGCCGUCGUCUCAGCAUCCAGCGCUGCAUCCAGUCCCUGGUUCAUGCCUGCCAGUGCCGUAAUGCCAACUGCUCUCUUCCCUCAUGCCAGAAGAUGAAGAGGGUGGUUCAACACACCAAAGGCUGCAAGCGUAAGACAAAUGGUGGCUGCCCUGUGUGCAAGCAGCUCAUCGCUCUUUGUUGUUAUCACGCCAAGCACUGUCAGGAGAACAAGUGUCCUGUUCCCUUCUGUCUCAACAUCAAGCACAAACUCCGUCAGCAGCAGCUGCAGCACAGGCUCCAGCAGGCUCAAAUGAUGCGCCGCAGAAUGGCAACCAUGGCUGGAAGGGGUAUGCCGAUGCCAUCUCCACCUACCUCAGCUGCCCCUGACACCCCCAACUCUGUGCAGCAGCCUAAUACACCCCAGACCCCCCAGCCCAUGCCCAACCAGCCCCAACAACAGCAGCCACCAAAUCCUAACAAUAUUGGCCAGGGUUUCCCCAACAAUGGUCGCAGCAGCCAGCCCCCAACACCAGGGCCGCAGGGAAAACCAGGGCCUCAGUCAUCCCCUCUUCAUCAGCAGCAGUCACCUCUGCCUAACAUGCCCCACCAACAGCAGCCUCAGCCACCACAGCAACAACAACAACAGCAACAGCAGCAGCAGCAGCAGCCACUGCUGGCAGCCCUAAAGGUGGCCAGACAGAUUGAGAUGGUAGCCAAGGCAAAACAGCAGCAACAACAACAACAACAGCAGCAGCAGCAGCCGCAGCAGCCAAAUUAUGGCAUGAAUGGGAUGCCUAUAAACCACCCACGUAUGAUGGGGCCCGUGCCGGGGCAAAUGCAGAUGAUGCAGGGGCCACGGGGCCCCCAGGUAAUGCAGGCUAUGCAGCAAGGUCAGUGGGGUCCAGGGAUGCAGAAUCCCAUGCAAAAUCCCCAGAGUCAUCAGCCACAGGUCCCUCCUCAACAAGGCCCCAUGACCCCUCAGCAGGCUCAGGGGAACACUAUGCUCCAGCAGGGCCAGCUCAUGCAGAGGCCCAUGAUGCCCCAGCAACAUGGCCUCCAAAUGCCUGGGGUCAUGCCUCCCCAGGGGCCUUCACAGCAGGGAAUGACACCACAGCAGCAAAACAUGACACGGGGGAUACCUGGUAACAUUGCUCCGAGUGCCCUGCAGGAAUUACUGCGCACACUCAAAUCUCCCAGCUCCCCACAGCAGCAACAGCAGGUCCUCAACAUCCUCAAGUCUAACCCCCACCUCAUGGCCGCUUUCAUUAAACAGAGGACAGCCAAGUACCAGGCCACCCAGCCACAGCAGCAGCAGCAGGCACAGCAGCAGCAGGCGCAGCAGCAGAACACUCAGGCCCUGCUUGGAUCCCAGGCAGGAAUGCAGGCCAUGGCAGCCAUGGCAAACCAGGUGCAGAGGCCAGUGAUGGCACCUCAGCAGCAGCCGCCUCAGCAGGCAGGGCCCCAGGCCAUGGCACCCAUGGGCCCCCAAGGCCAGAUGAUGAAUGCUGCUCAAAAUGGCAAUCCCCAACUCUAUCGCAGACAGCAGCUGCUCAGGAUGCAGCAGAUGCAACAGCAGGCACAGCAGCAGGGAGGCAUGCCUCAGGGCCACGGUCAGUUUCCUCAACAGCAGCCAGGGCCAGCAAGCUACUCCCAGCUCCGUAUGCAGCAGCAAUUGGCUAUGCAAGGUGGAGGGCCCAUGGGACAGCUCCCUCCCACGUCUCAAAUGGGUCAACCUGGUAUGGGCAUGGAUGGGCCCCAGAACCUCCUCCAGCAGCGCAUGCUUCAGCAGCAGCAGCAGCAGAUGUUAAAGCAGCAGAUGGGAUCUCCAACACAGGCUAACUCAAUGAGUCCACAACCUCACAUGCUCCAAGGCCAAGCCCAGGGAGGAGCUCACUUACCUGGCCAGACAAUGGCAAACACCCUGGGAAACCAAGUGCGCUCCCCAGCCCCAGUGCAAUCGCCCCGUCCAGCGUCGCAGCAGCCCCCGCAUUCCAGUCCCUCCCCAAGAAUACAGCCCCAUCCUUCACCUCAACACGGCACCCUCCACUCCAGCUCGCCCCACCCCAGCCUUGGGGGCCCAAUGUCGGGCUCCAUGGAGCAGGGACACAUGGGAACGCCGGAGCAGAGUGCCAUGCUCCCGCAACUUAACACACCAAACAGAGGGGGGUUGAAUAAUGACAUGGGUAUGGUGGGUGACACGACAGGAGACACGCUGGAGAAAUUUGUUGAAGGAUUGUAGCAUUUUGGGACAGAGAAAGGCCUUGUUCUGUUUUCAGCUGAUAAUGUUUUGUACUUGCUAAUGUAAAAAGCUAAAAGAAAUACAAACAAAUUAGUCAUAUGAGGCCUACAGACUGUGAACUUUCCUUAAACCAAGGGACUGCUUUUUCUUCCAACACAGAGAGUGAUUUAAUAAUUGCUAUUGAAAAGAAGACAACAAAGACACAAAGAAUAUAUUUUUGGUUCAGACCAGCCAUGCAAGAAUUUGCUCUGGUCUUUGUGGUGUUUUCAUUUGUUUUUCAUUUGUUAUGCUCUGGUAUUGACUUUUUUAACAAAACUUCUCGAAACAAAAAAUAUUUCAUUUUAUUAAUUUUUUUAUUUUGUACCUUUGCAAAUUAAUAUUGUGUUUGUGUUGAGAAGACUGUAAAAUAAUUUGUCUGGGAAUUUUUGCCAGGUUUCUCCUCUUGCUCAGUUUCUCUGUUCCUGGCUAAUUUAUUGUAAUAUGCCAUUUUUCAAAAGGACUGCCUUUGGGAAAGCCUUAGUUUUCUUUCCUGUUUGCAGAGUCUGUGGGAGAUAAAUGUAUUUGUAUAGAUCUAGGAACUAUUGCACACACCCAGACACAAAAAGCAGGUGUAAAAGAAACCUGCAUUGAGGCUUGUUAACGUUCACAGGUGCCGGAAUGUUCUUUUUACUGGCCUGGGCCCAGUAUUUGUCUUGCAAAUGUUUAAAAAAAUUGCUUUGUCUCUCCCUCAGUCAAAAGGAAUUCUCAAUUCUCUCUGAACCUCUUUUGCCUGUGGUGGGAAAUUAACUUGUUUGACUGCUGAUUUGUGUUUAGAGAGUUUUGUGCAUCAUUUUCUCUCUUGCAUUAAACUUGACUUGAUGAUGAACUGUUCUCUAAUGUAAAUCAUGCAGCUCGACAGUACUGUAAAUAUUCAGAAAAUAAGAAUGAAAUCACUGUACAAAUUGGUUAAAAUGGCUCAUUUCGUACUUAUAUACCAUAUUGUUAAAUAAACCUGUGUGCCACAGA